CAGAAUCCUUGAACCCUAAUUUCCAUCGGUUGCCGUCGGGGAGGAGAAGAGGCAGAAGAAGAUGACGACCAGACUCAAGAAGAACAGGAAGAAGAGAGGCCACGUCAGCGCCGGUCAUGGUCGUGUCGGUAAGCACAGGAAGCAUCCUGGAGGUAGAGGUAACGCCGGAGGUAUGCACCACCACCGUAUCCUCUUCGACAAAUACCAUCCUGGUUAUUUCGGUAAGGUCGGUAUGCGUUAUUUCCACAAACUCCGUAACAAAUUCUACUGCCCCAUUGUCAACAUAGACAAGCUAUCUUCUCUCAUUUCACAAGAGGUCAAGGACAAAGCUUCUAAGGAAAACAAAGCACCUGUUAUUGAUGUUACUCAAUUUGGUUUCUUCAAGCUUUUGGGUAAAGGUGUUUUGCCUCAGAAUCAGCCAUUUGUUGUGAAGACUAAACUCAUUUCGAAGAUCGCUGAGAAGAAGAUUAAGGAAGCCGGUGGUGCUGUUGUUCUUACCGCUUAAUUUUUAUUAUGAUUUUGCUUUCGGACAACUUAAGGUUUAUAUCCGGUUUUUCAAAUUUUGUUUGGACCGUUUCUAUUGAGAUCUUUGAAUUAAAGUUUGUUAUUUUAAUUUGCGAUUAUUAUAUAACCUGUGGAAUGUUUAUGUUUGAUUGCGCUAGACUAAUUCGUAACAGAUAAUGAUAUUAACAUGUUACUUUCGAA